CCAACUUUUAUAAACAGUUCAACAGUUUUAUAAAAUUUAAAAGAAAUGUCAGAUAAAGUACGGCUAAAGGGUCGUUUCAUUAAGAAAAAAGUGCGUGAUAAACAAGUGAAAGCCGUGGCGGCUAUGCGUCAAGCGCAUCUGUCUAAAAACGCACCAGGUUCCCCGCCUAACCUCAAAUUUACGUUUGACGGUAGACGUAUUGUUGACCUACAAUAUCUUUCGGACCAUUUGAAAUGCAUCAAAUGCAAAAAAGAUAUCUUCUUGAGGAAUACGGUAGAGGAAUCGCGAAUGGGUUUGAACUGUAUAUUAAAUAUUCCCUGCGAAGAGUGUGUUCAACGAUGACACAAGUGCACACUGGAAAAAUGCAUGGCACAGGAGAAAAUAAAAAUCGAGCCGACGUCAAUACGAAAGCUGUGUUGGGUGCUGUUCACUCCGGCAUUGGGGAAACCGCUUUGAACAAGCUAUUGGCCUGUUUGAAUGUUCCUCCGAUAUCAGCAAACCUGUACAAGAGAUAUGAACGGGAAAUCGGGCCAGCUAUAGAAGCUGCUGCAAAGGACUCAUGUCGGAAAGCUGCGGAGGAAGAAAAACAAUUAGUGAUAGCUAAUGUCGACAAGUUAUGUCAGGAGAUGUAAGUUUCAUAUUUUUUCCUCACCGUAGUAAAGCUUUGGAACAAAAGCAUUGGCUACGGUCAGUAAAAAAUAUUGAGAAGACAUUCUUCGCAGAAUGAGUGAUGGUCAUGAAACUAGGUACUGAGAGAAAUUACAAAAUUUUCUGCUGCGGUUGAGAAUAUGAUCCACUGUGGUACACCGUAGAUAGUUUACUCUGUAUUCACAACAAUUUUUUUAAAAAAAUUCUGAAAUAGGAAAUGUUUGUAUUCAAAAAGAAACUCGACGGUGGAUCAAAGUUAAUUAUCUCCCACAACGCUAUAGUAAGUUUUUUAAUUUCCCUCGCAGUGCAAAAUUUCGCUAUCAUUACUCUUGUUUAUGAUUUCUUUUAAUUUGGGGAACUAUAGAGUACUUUGACACCAAUUAUUGAAAAGCCAGAGCUGCAACAAUAGGAUUUAUUGUAUAAAUUAAUUAUUAGA